AGGCAUUCAACACUCGGAUACCCCCUCUCAUUGCUGGCAGCAGCUUCACACUCGCAGCUCACGAUCAGAACAUCAGAAGUCACCACGCCAGUCUUGUUCUGAGAAUGCUGCACACCAGUGCAGGCCGGUCGGUCCGAUCAAUUAGUUCCUUAUCUAUCCAGUUCAUUUGAUUGCCAAGCAACUGCACUCAGCCAUGCUGCUCAUAGCGAUAUACUCGUUGUUCAUCGUGCUGGCGGAUUUGGUGUCCCUGCAGUUUAAGCUGGUCUUUUCCAUCUUCCAAGUAAUACUCAGAAUAGUUUUCCCGCCGAAAGAGAAAUCGCUGAAGAACGAGAAUAUAUUGAUAACUGGAGCGGGUCAUGGCAUUGGUCGUGAACUGGCCCUCCAGCUGGCCGGCUUGUGCAACCAAUUGGCCCUUUGGGACAUCGACAUAGACAAGUGCGAAGAGACAGCCAAGGCGAUCAGGGCCAAGGGAGGAAAGGCUGAGUGCUACAAAUGCGAUAUCUCAGACAGGACUUCCGUGCUGGAAACUGCAUCCAAAGUGCGCCGCGAGGUUGGUUUCAUCGGAAUGAUUAUAAAUAAUGCAGGCGUCGUUCCCAUUCAUCCCGUCCUGGACCACAACCCCCAGGAAAUAAAGAGGGUCUUUGAAAUCAACGUCAUCAGUCACUUUUGGAUGCUGGAAGCGUUUCUGCCUGCCAUGAUCGCGAACAACCACGGCCACAUUUGUGCUAUCGGCUCUAUGACCGCGCUGGUCGGAUCUUCAAAUUUGGUGCCCUACAGCGCCAGUAAAUUCGCAGUCAGAGGGUUGAUGCAGGCCUUGGAGGAAGAGCUGCAGGAGGACGCACGCAAGCCGAAGAUACACCUGACGACGGUGCACCCGUUCAUCGUGAACACAGGCCAGGUGCAGCGGCCACGGUUACGAUUCCCUCGUCUACUGGGCGUGCUCAAGUCAGAGUACGCUGCCAAGGAAAUCAUCAAAGCGAUCCGGCGAAACGAGCACGAGGCCAGCGUGCCUGGCUGGCUGCUGCCGCUGCACAACAUUGUUCGAUCCCUGCCUAUGGAGACAUUUGGUCUGCUGAAGGGCUUCAUGGACUCUGGCGCCGAAGCCCACGAGGGCGCUUGGCACGGCGACGCCCUGCGGCCCAUCAUUCUGCGGCAGCACUCUACGCCAGUGCUGGGUAUCAACCAGAGCCCAGUGCUAAGGCACACGCACCACAAAAAUGGAUUCCACCGACCGCAGAUGCUGCACGUGACGCGCCAACGCCAAAUUUCCAUCUCCGACCUCGGGCUGCACGGACUGUUGAAUGGGAAGGAGCUCACACAGACUGCCAAGUGAUUUUUCCAAAGUGCAAAAGGGAUUGUGUCUACCGUUAAGUUUUCUUAUCUUAAUUCUAAGCAAUAAAGAUGUAAGCUAAGAUUAAUUAUUUUUAAAUAACCUACUCGAGCUUUGCAUUUGAGUCUGGCCAGUGAACUUGUUAAGUUAUAUAUAGGGGUAUCUCAAUGAUAAAUAAUGAAAAAACUGAAAUUCUA